CCCUCACACAGGACUGCAGCCGGAUUUUAAACAUUUAUUCAGGAUGAACAGAAAACCACUGAAGGCAACAGUGGCAGUGUGCUGGGUGAUUCUGUCAGUGAUCAUGGCCCUUCGUAUCUACUUUACCUCUGUCAUUUCUGAACACAACGCCAAGCUGACUGCAGAGAACCAGAACCUGACAUCACAAAACACCAAGCUGUCUGCAGAAAACCAGAACCUGACAUCACAAAACACCAAGCUGUCUGCAGAAAACCAGAACCUGAAAUCACAAAACACCAAGCUGUCUGCAGAGAACCAGAACCUGACAUCACAAAACACCAAGCUGUCUGCAGAAAACCAGAACCUGAAAUCACAAAACCAGCAGCUGGAGACACAGAGGAGGAUGGAGAAUGAGCUCAACGUCAGUCGAGCUCAGUGGAGCAUUGAUGCCUACUGCCCAAAACCACAAAACCAAAACAGACAGUGUAAAGCUUGUCAGGAUGGCUGGUAUAACUCCCAGUCCAGCUGCUAUGCAAUUAAUGACCCUGAUGUUUCUGGUCGGAAAACCUGGGAAGAAGCUCGAGAAAACUGCAGAGGAAAGAUUUCAGAUUUGGUUGUUAUAGCUGAUCAAACAGAGAAGACAUUCAUCAAUGAUCACAGUUGGGAAAGUUCAGGAACCAAGGGAUACUGGAUUGGCCUGAGAGCUGAAGAUGGGAAAUGGAAGUGGGUCGAUGGAAGUGAUCUGACUGAAAACUCCUGGAUACAACAACCUGCUACCAACGGUCAGUGUGUAAUUUCUGUAGAGAAAGAAGGAUGGAAAUCAGUGAGCUGUGGUGACAGAAACAGAUGGAUCUGCAAAAAGAAGGCUUUAUCUCUUUAAACACUGCAGUCAUACUUGAGAAGGUUACUGGGGACUCUGUAAAGAUUCAUUACAUGGAAGAUAAUAUCAACUGGAUUAUAAAAAUUAAAGUAUGAAGACUUCUACUA